AUGCAGGAGAUUAUAAUUGUUGCUGCUGCUGCUACUCUAGGGAAUCUGCUUAUUGGAUGGGAUAGUUCAACCAUUGCAGGUGGCAUGGGCUACAUCAAGAGGGAAUUCAAACUUGAUCCCACAGUUGAGGGGAUGAUUGUUUCCACCUCCUUCUUCACCGGCACCAUCGUGACGAUCUUCUCCGGAAAAGUAUCCGACAUGAUCGGCCGGCGACCCAUGCUCAUAGGAUCAUCCAUAAUGUUCUUCCUAAGUGGUCUAGCCAUGUUAUGGGCUCCAAAUGUUGCCUUCAUAGUGUUCUCAAGGCUCUUAGACGGCAUCGGAAUCGCCCUCGCCGUCACGAUAACCCCAGUCUACAUCUCGGAGAUUGCGCCGCCCGAGAUCAGAGGCUUGCUGAACACGCUACCGCAGUUCUCAUGCUCUUUGGGAAUGUUCUUGGCUUACAUUUGGAUGUUUUCAAUGUCUCUUUUGGAAUCUCCAAGUUGGAGAGCAAUGCUUGGUGUAGUUUCCAUUCCUUCUGUUGCUUAUUUCUUCUUGGUUGUCUUCUUUCUUCCUGAAUCUCCUCCAUGGUUGGUAAGCAAAAGUAGGAUUUCAGAGGCUAGGAAGGUUCUUCAGAGAAUUCGUGGCCAAGAAGAUGUUUCAGGAGAACUAGCAUUGUUGGCAGAGGGUAUGAACCCUGGAGGAGAAUCAACCAUCAUAGAAGAAUACAUAAUAACCCCAGCAGGAAGUACUGAACAAAUAUCAAACAUGGAAUCAGCAAAAGAUUACAUAAAACUUUAUGGACCAAACCAGGGAGUUUCAAUGAUUGCUCAUCCAAUCAGCAGUGUACAUGGUGGCGGUAGCAUCCUAGCGCUGUCGCGCCAAGGAAGCGUUGCCGGGCAAGCAACCGCCGGCCUCAAGGACCCUAUUGUGAAUCUGUUUGGUAGCAUGCAUGAGAGUGAUCAUCAUCAUCAUCAUCAUGAUCUUGCUGCACAAAGCAUUGAUCAAGGCUCUUUUGGUACCCACCAUGACAAUUUGCAAGCUCCAUUGCUCUCAAGGCAAGGUAGUAGUGUUGUGGAUAGGAGUAGAUUUUAUAAGAGGAGCAGCAGCAUCAAAGGAAGUAAUGGUAACUUGGCUGCCCAGGGUGAAACCGCCACUAAGGCAACAAACAUUGGUGGGGGUUGGCAAUUGGCAUAUAAAGCAGUGGAUGGAAAAAAGGAAGGAGGGUUCCAAAGGUUGUAUUUGCAUGCAGACCCUUCCAUUGGCGCAGGGUCUCAGCAUGGUUCAUUUGUUGGGAAUUCAGGGACUGAUUUGCAAUUAGCAUUAGAGCGUGGUGAAUCAUUUCAAGCAGCAGCACUUGUGAGCCAAUCAGUUCUUGCUCUUAAUAAGGAUAACACAAUAAAGCCAGAAGCUGUUGCUAAUAAAGGAUCAGGCUGGGGUGCUCUGCUUGAACCUGGAGUUAAACGUGCAUUGAUUGUUGGAAUUGGGCUUCAAGCUCUUCAACAGGCUGCUGGCAUAAAUGGAUUUCUAUAUUAUGCUCCUCAAAUCCUUGAGGAAGCAGGUGUUGGGGCACUUCUUUCAAGUUUUGGGAUUACUGAAACAUCAGCUUCUUUACUCGUAAAUGUUAUUAUAACAUUUUCUAUGCUCCCUUGCAUUGCUCUUUCCAUGAAACUCAUGGAUAUUGCAGGGAGGAGGGCACUAUUGCUCAACACAAUCCCCAUCUUGAUAGUGUCUCUAUCAGUACUAGUACUAAGGGAUUCAUUCCCCAUGAGUUCUAUUGUGAAUGCAGCAGUAACAGCAACAUGUGUCAUUGUCUAUGAGAGCAUCUUCUGCAUGGGAUUUGGUGUGAUUCCCAACAUUAUUUGUGCAGAGAUUUUCCCAACAAGUGUGAGAGGAAUAUGCAUCUCAAUUUGUGCACUCACAUUUUGGAUCAGCACAUUGAUUGUCACAUCUUCAUUCCCAUUCUUGCUGCAUCAAAUUGGACUCACUGGUGUCUUUUCAUUGUUUGUUUGUGGUUGCAUCAUUGCAUGGGUGUUUGUUUACACGAAAGUUCCUGAGACAAAGGGCAUGCCUUUAGAAGUCAUCAUCGAGUUCUUCGCCAUUGGUGCUAAGCCUGGAGCAGAUCCUGCCACCAUGGCAAGCUAA